AUGUCAUACAACUUCUGCGAUGAGUAUGGGCGCCCUUACGUUUUAAUACGAGAGCAAGAGACAAGAAAGAAAACAGAAGAAAAGAACAUUCUUAUCGAAAACAUAGACAACUUCUGCGGAAUAGUCGACACUCUGAGCACGUCAGUUGGGCCGUUUGGCGCAGAUAAGGCGAUUGUCAGCUCAGAUGGAGAGGUCAUCAUAACGAACGACGGAGCAACCAUUCUGAAAGAGAUGGACAUUGAGGGAACGCCCAUGGGCAGGCUGAUCACACAGCUGAGCACAGCACAGGACGACGAGAUAGGAGACGGAACCACAAGUGUGGUGAUAAUAGCAGCAUCUCUGCUAAAAGAAGCCAAGAAACUCGCAGUGAAAGGGAUGCAUCCUCUGAAAAUAAUCAGAGGGUUUGAAGAGGCCCUGGGAAUAGCCCUAGGCGUGAUAGACGCACACUCAGAGCUUCCAAAAGACGAAGACUUAAAAAGCACAAUGGAAAAAGUAGCACAAAGCACACUCAGCAGCAAAGUGGUCAGCAGAGACAUUGACACUUACAUACAGAUAGCAAUAGAAGCAGUGCAGUCUGUGAGGGACAGCAGAGGAGAGGCAAACCUGGAGCUCAUCAAGAUAGAAGGAGAGAAUAAAAUAGGAGAGAGUGAGUUGAUCAAAGGCGUAUACAUUGCAAAAGAGUUCAGCCACUUCCAAAUGAAGAAAAGCAUACCUGAUGCGCAGAUAGCAAUCCUUGCGUGCCCCUUUGAGCCGCCCAAGGUAAAGGUAAAGCACGACCUGAAUGUGUCCUCCGUCGAGGAGUUCAAAGAGCUUUCAGAGUACGAAAAAAGAAUAUUCUUUGAAAUGAUCGACACCAUAAAAAAAUCAGGCGCAAAUGUUGUUCUGUGCCAGUGGGGAUUUGACGACGAGGCAAACUCUCUUCUCAUGCAGGCGGGAAUAUCUGCAGUGCGGUGGGUUGGCGCACAGGAGCUGGAAAUGGCUGCAAUCCACACAGGCGCACAGAUUGUUUCGCGCUUUGAAGAUCUUUCAGAAGAGUCUCUGGGCACGGGAUGUGUCGUAGAGGAAGCUGGAAGUGUGAGAAUAAGAAACCAGAACAAAACAAGCGCAGUGACCAUCCUAGUCAGAGGAGGAACCUCAGCAAUCAUCGAAGAAACGAAGAGAAGCAUACGGGAUGUUCUGUGCGCAGUGAGAAAUGUAAUAAGAGACCCAAAAGUAGUCAAAGGAGCAGGGUGCAUUGACAUGCUCUGUGCUGCUGCGGUGGAAGAAGGAAUGCCCGGGUCAAUUGGCCGCGGAUACUCAAAGGCGCUGCAGGAGCUUCCCAUGGCACUCGCCAGGAACAUGGGAGAAGAUCCGAUCACUAAGAUAGCGGAGGGAAUAGCAGAGGGCGUGUGGGAAGGUGCGUACUCGAAGAAGCACCAGUACAUCCUGGCCACACAGACGGCUAAGUCUAUCAUCAGAAUUGACGAUGUCUUUGGGGCAUAA